UUUCAUUUCCCAAAAGUUUUAUGCAAUCAUCUUCCAUCCGGUAGUAACAGAAAAUUUACCAGUUGGUGAGGUAGUGCCAUCAUGAGGAACGACACUACUUGCAUGGAUCCUCUGGAACAUGUUUCUUCAUUCCUGAAGCCCAUCUUCAUUUUGGAGUUUGUUUUAGGACUGCCUGGGAAUGUCUUUGCCCUUUGGGUUUUUUUCUUCAAGUCUCCAUGGAAAGCCGGUAACGUCUACCUGUUCUGUUUGGUAACAGCUGACUUCCUGCUGCUCAUCGGCCUGCCUUUCCGCAUAGAUUACCUCUUUCGUGAUGAAGACUGGAUAUUCGGUGAAGACUUUUGCCGCUUUGUCCUCUACAUCGUAUCAGUGAACUACUCAGCCAGCAUGGCUUUCAUGACGAUUUUAGCAGUCGACCGCUUCUUCAGAAUACUUCGCCCACACCAUCCCAUUUGUCGACUGAGUGUGAGACAAGGAAUAAUGAUGGUUAGUGCCGUUUGGGUGGGAAUUCUCUUAAUUCGCCUUCCACCUGCUCUGACCCUGGAUCUUCAGUACCAUACGAACACUUCGAAGCUCACAUGCGAAGCUUCUCUCUCAUGGACAUCACCAUCAUUGGGAUUGAGGAUCUACAACUCAAUACACCUGACAGAGGUGCUGGUAGCUUUCAUACUGGUGCUCUACUGCUUUGUGCGUGUUUUUUCUUAUGCCCGUGAACGCCAGUUGAAGGCCCAUCGCAGGGUGAAUCGAGCAGUGAGGUUGCUUUUGUUUAUUGUGAUCAUGUUUGUUUUCUGUUUCCUACCCACUGGCAUAUCUGGUAUUUUGCUUCAAGGGUUUCCCUGUUCUGAAUACCUGCAGUUAUGUCUCAAUAUCUCUUUAGCUAUAACCUACAUGAACAGUGCACUGGAUCAAGUCAUCUACUGCUACUCUAAUGCCUGGUUUAGAGAUACUCUUAAAGCCAAAUCCAACUCUGUGGUCCAGACGCAAUUCAAGAUGAGUCUCAAGAAAAACAAAAAACCUAAACCUUAACCGGAGAAACAUUAAAUAUGAAAUCAUAUAGGUUAUAAAUGACAGAUAUUUAUACUCAAUGUAUGUGUUGUACAUAUACAGCCACAGAAAUUAUUAGGAGACCAUUUUAUCAUUUUUUUCUGAAUUUACUAUCUAUGUGUGUUUAGGUAAAAUAAUGAACUACUAACAAUAUUUCUACCAAAUUUCAAGUAAAAUUAUAGUUUCUAUUUGCAUUUUGUUGCAGAAAAUAAAAACUGGAGCAACAGGUCAAAAUAACAGAAAGGAGAACUUCUGUGACCCUGGAUCACAAAACCAGUCUUAAGUUGCAGGGGAACAUUUUUAGUUAAAGCCAAAAAUACAUUGUAUGGGUAAAAAUCAUAGAUUUUUCUUUUAUGCCAAAAAUCAUUAGGAUAUGAAGUAAAGAUCAUGUUACAUGAAGAUACUUUGUAAAUUUCCUACCUUAAAUAUAUAAAAUCUUUAUUUUUGUGAGUGGAUGACCAGUAACAGUGCAUCUUAUUAACAACUUCAAAAGCAAUUUUCUCAAUAUUUCGAUUCUUUUGCACCCUCACAUUCCAGAGAUUUAAACAGUUUUAUCUCCGCCAGAUAUCAUCAUAUCCUAACAACCAAUACACCAAUAGAAAGAUUAAUUACUCAGCUUUCCAAAAAUUGACCCAUAAGACUUGUUUUGUUGUCGGGGUUCACAUUAUUAACUUUUAAGCAAGGCAACAGUAAUAUAUUUUGUACAUUUAUUAAUGAAAAGUUUGAAAAUUAAUUUUGAUGUUAUAACCUAAAUUUUUGACCAUUUUUAAAAGGUUUUGUCAUGCUGUCAGUCUUUAACAUUGCUGUUGGAUGACUUUAUGUCACUCCUGAGGUUUGAGUUUGUUUAAAUUCAACAAAUGCAGAUUAAAUUAAAAUUUCGAAGGGU